AGUCAUCAAUGGGGGAAGCCCCACUUCCUUUUAGCUUCUUAAUGGAAAACACCUGGGACCCAAACAUCUUUAACAUCAAGCAUUGAAGCAGUGAAGCUUCCUGCAAUUCCACAGGAAGGUGAUGGAGAAACCACCUUGCUGAUAGUUAACCUGAAUAUAAUAUAUAUGUACGUUGCCAUCAUCCAUACGGUAGAGGGUGGUCUUUUUAGUUUCAAUAUCUAAAUGUCUAGCAGCAAUUUUAAUCCGCCCGACUCGCCGGAAAGUGACCGUGCCGACCAAUCCAAUUUUGAGUUCCCCGAGGACUGGACUCUUGAUGGUUGGCUGGAGGAUUAUCCUGAAACAAUCAUCACAGGGCCAAUUCAGUUUCCUUUUAAUCAAGCCGAUGAAGUUAAUAAUGACUCUGCUAGGACUAGCGGCCUCCUUCAAGUACCUGAAAAUGAAACUGCGAGGGAAAGGAGGGACGUCAGAGAAAGAUUUGCAUUCAAGACCAAGUCUGAGGUUGAGAUACUGGAUGAUGGAUACAGAUGGAGGAAAUAUGGGAAGAAAUGGGUGAAGAAUAGUCCAAAUCCAAGGAAUUACUACAGAUGCUCUAUUGACGGAUGCCCCGUGAAGAAAAGAGUCGAAAGAGAUAAAGAGGAUCCGAGUUAUGUAAUUACAACUUACGAGGGGAUCCAUAAUCACCGAAGCGUUUCUUGAAUCGGUGGUUAAUUUCUCAGGACGUUCGAGUUCUUUUACCGUUACAAUCUCGCAGCCAACUCCUGCAGAAGGCCAACUUCGAUCUGCAACGAUCACAUCGCCUGUGUAGAAUAUAAAAAAAGCCUCACUCCAUUUUAUCCAUGUCGGUAUCUGUAAGAAAAUCCAAGAACCAGACUACAUGGGGUUUGGCCAACUUUAUCUUGUUAUCGCUUGUUAAGCUUUGGUAGAACCCUAAGCUUUAGUUUUGACAACACAAAGUCAGGGUCUGUUUUUAACUUAGGACCGGUGGAGGUUGUUAGGAUCGGUUCUUCGAACAUUCGAUAUGAUAUUGCCAACUGCAACCGAAAUCAUCAAUAAAAUUUGUAGACUUUUGGUAA